AUGGGGGACGUGUCCACGAUUCAACGCCCGUCCGGCACUGCCGCUAAGCAGGGUGAUCAGGCUGGGGAGCUGGUGUCGGCCGGAUGGACGAACGACACCCACAACAUGUACAUCAGCUCCAUGGAGGCGUCCUUCAUGCAGCAGCUCCGUGGCCAGCAGCAGCAGCACCACCACGCCGCUCCCGACAGGAACAUCGCCCAUGUGGGUCUUCUUGGCCAUGGGCUCAAGUCCCACCAAGAGGGAGCUUCCGAUAACGCCAGGGCCGAGAGGAACGUCUCUCGCCCGCGUGAUGUGGGCGCAAGAGGCCUGCCCGAGGAUCCGUGGGCGAGGCGUUUCAAGCCACGCGAUUCCGCUAUGAAUCGUCGUGGCGAUGGGGUUGGUGCUUCCGAUGGUGAAUCGGGCACCGAUACGGUUCAAGGGAUGGCUCCCAAGCAUGGAAGAGGAGUGGGCUGUUGCGUCGGAGGAAAUCUUGCUGACAAAACCUCAGCAGAAGUCUGCGGUCAGAACUUUCCUGAAGACGAGGUUCAUUCCGCUGCUCAGCCAAGCAAAUCGUGCAAGAAAAGGAGGCCUGCCUCUUCCACUGCUGCAGGUUCUUUCAUCUCGAUGCUCGGCGACAAGCGGUGGUGA